CCCUUGUACUAGAAAGUUAGAGAAAUCUGUCUGUGCUUAUACUGCAGAGAGUUUUAUGAGCUGCUUUAAUCGCCAUACUGAAAGUUACUGAAAGCAUAACCCGCAACUUUAAGCUGAGGAAGUUGUAUUUUGUAAGUUCCCACUGUCGUUAGAGAGCAGCCUCACCCAGCAGCCUGCCUGGAUCCGGAUGGCUGCGGCUGAACCAGGAAGCGCAGCUGUGCAAACGCUCGGACUGUGCAGCUGGCCAGUUCCGCAUGCACUUGCCUGCAGUCAUGACACAGCUCUGCUCUGCUGCUCCAGCCCCGCUGCUCUGCACCCUCGCAGUGCUGUUCAAACUAGCUCUGUCCGUGGACCAUGUACCGAUGCUGCUUUGGUCAACUCAGAGAUCACAGUGGAAUCAAGACACAGCUUUGCACGAAGGACAUGUUGUCUCAGCACAGGAACUGACUGGACUCUUGCAACCUGUUUUUGGCCCGAAUUCCAGAAACCUCAUCUUGUUCCUGCAAGACACACUUAGUAUAGAUGAUUUCACAUACUACAGUGAAUCCUACGGUGACAAGAAUCCAUUUCAAAAUGUUCAGAAAAAUCUUCAGUCUUCUCCUUCAUCUUUAGUUUUGCCAGCUGUUGACUGUGAGGCUACCAGGUAUCUUCUGAGCUUUCUUCAGGAGCUGGGAGUUGGGAAGUUAACAAAUGUAACUAAUCUUGAUGUCUCUCAGCUGGAAGCAAAUACAUCUAAACCAAACUUCCUGAUUGUUCAGCUACAUCCACUUGCCAGCAGUUUAAAUGAGAUUUCCACCCUCGAAGCAAUUGCUGAAAAUGACAAAAUAAUUGGAAGACUGACCAUGGAUCUGCAGGAACGAGGGAUUCAUUUUUCAGUAAUUUAUACUGCAGUGAGACCUUCAAGGAUUUCUAGAAGAACUGAUGUGUUGGGGGAACUAAGAAGACAAUUAAUGGCCACUGAAGAAGAAGACAGUUUGUCAUAUCCUCCUCUGAAUGUGACUACUGGAAAUCUUACAUGCAUCCUUUUCUACGCUAGUAAUUUCAGCCUCAAAGCAAACAAUUCAAUUCUUAUAGAUUUGACAAAUGCAACAUUUGUAACCCAGAAUGUGGAUGCUUCUUCCUCUGAGUGCUCAGACAUCAACACAACACUGUCAUUAAAAUACACAAAGCCAGUGAACGGAAUCAGCAGCCUAGAGAUAAGGUUUUUAAUGACCAACAAGUUCUAUGAAGGGUCAGCUAGAAACUGGUCCACUUUAGAUUCAGUUGAGAUUGUACAGGAUGAAGAAAAGUUUGCUAAAUUCAGUGUUUCUGUCAUCUCUGCUCCUGCAGAGUAUUCAUUUCAUUGUCAGCUGGUGGGAACAAGCAAUCUCUAUCCUGCAAGGCUGAUUCCAUCCAAUGAUGAGGCAAAAAACUGGGAUGUUUUCAUUUCCAAGUUGCAGAUUCAAGGCUUCAACAUUGAAAACAACCAGUUUUCCUAUGCAAGUGACUGUACGGGCUUCUUCACUCCUGGAAUCUGGAUGGGCUUGGUGACAUCUAUAAUUUUACUUUGGAUCCUCACCUAUGGAAUCCAUAUGAUCAUGCAGCUCACAACAAACAGCAGAUUUGAUGAUCCCAAAGGUCCAGCCCUGUCAGUUCCUCAGACAGAAUAGCCGUGGACUGAUUUAAUGCUGCUACGGCUUCUCCUGGUCUGAUAUUUAUAAUUUUUAUUACAUAACCUAAAGAUAUCGUAGCAGAAAGGGGUAAUUAAACUACUUAUAAGAAGUAUUCUUGUGCUUGGCAACAAUAAUAAUUCUACUUGUUAUUACUGUAACUUGUUGAUAACCAUCUUUGUGAAAGGUCUGAAGAGACGCUGUAGAGGUUAUUACUGUGUCUGGCUAUUAGAGAGACCAGAACAAAUUGCCUUCUGUUUAGCUGUUAUUGGCAAGAAAGGACAUAACAAAUAAAUGUGAAGGAUAAAUAACUUAUUUGAUAGGAAGCUAUAUAUUGAAACUACUGGACUCUCUAAAGGCUCUUUUAGUAAGUAUAUUAUUUUAAUGCUACGUCUUAGGAGGACUGAACCGUGUCUUGUCAUUUUUUUCUCUUGAGAAAAACAUUCAGAAAUGUGCAGAACUAAUAAAAGUCUUGUAUAAAAGUAUAAAUGGUCUUGAAAAGUCUUUACAAAACACCUCCCUUUGUUCAGAUGUGGUAUCACAAAUGUGAACAGUUGGAUUAAGGCUUAUCUCCCCUCUAAUGCGAGUUUAUAUCUGUGACAAUUAUGUUGGGUAAGGGUAAUUCAUGUAUUUGGUAUUUGGGCAGCUGAUGAAGUUACUAAGCAAGAGAGGUCUGUGUCCAAACCGAUGGCAAAGUUGUAUUUGGUGUCAUGGCAAUGAGUGCAACUUUUCAAGCUUGUAAUCUAAGAUGCAGAGAGCAUCGUAACAGAGAUAGGUAAUUUUAUUAACAUCCCCCAUUUUCCAGCUAUUUUUGGAAAAAUGAUGAAGUUUGUACACAAAAGGAACCAAAAGGAUGUAUAAAGUCACUAGAGGCACUGUGCUAAUGUACUGUUUAAAUCUGAGCAUGUUUAUGGUCAUCUCAAUGAUUCCAGAAGCCUGGAGGCAUUCAAGAUGUGCUGGGUUCUUUUGCAAUUAAUAAAAGACGCUAUC